AGGCAGAAACCAAGGGCCCGGGGAGCAGACGGCCAGGGCUUUCCAGCUCAGCUCCUGCUCUCAGGCCGUUUCCGCUGCUCCCGUGGCUACAGCGAUGGCGCCCAAUGCUGCCUGCCUCUGUGUGCAUGUGCAGUCUGAGCAGUGGGGCCCCAUGGCCUUCGCUGCCAGCCCGGAGGACAGAGUGAGGAAGAUCAGCGAGCACGUCCGCUCUAAGACGCAGGUUGCCGUGCGGGACCAGGUCCUUCUCCUGGGCUCGAAGCCGCUGAAGCCGCGCAGAACGCUGUCAUCUUAUGGCAUCGACCGCGAGACGACCAUCCACCUCACCCUGCGGGUGGUGGAGCCCAGUGACGAGGCGCUGCCCCUCGUUCUGGUGGAGCCGGGCGACCAGGGGCAGAGGCACGGCCUCCUGGUGCGAAGGGCCAGCUCCGUGGCCCAGGUGAAAGCCAUGAUCGAGACCAAGACCGCGCUGCCCCCCGAGAAGCAGGUUGUGACUUGCAAUGGGAAGAAGCUGGAAGACGGGAAGACCAUGGCGAGUUACGGCAUCAGGCGCGGCACCUCACUCUUCCUGACACACCACUGCUACGGGGGCGCAGCUGAGGGGCAGGGCUGUGUGUGACUGAGAGCAGAAGACAGCAUCUUCAGGGCUGAGGGAGCGCAUUCACAGCCAGCUUGAGUGCGAUCCCCGUUUGGUUCCCUCUGAUGGACAGACACCCCCCAUUUCCUCUCCUGCCUGGGUCCAUGUCUGACCUGUGUCUCCUCUCCCUGUAAGCCGGUGCGCUCCCUGGCACAUCCGGGGGGACUGGGCCCACACCGAUUCCUACUUGUAGGGAACAACGAAAUGAUUUCUGAUGAAGUGAAUUCAUUACUCGGACGUGAUCACAACCUAACUAAUAAAGAAUUGAGA